GAGAGUAAUGCAUGAACACAACAAAAGUCAGUCAGCGAAUAGUGAUUAACAACUCUCCCCUAAACAACUUCCUCUGUGUUUUUUCUUGCAAAUACACAAUGCGAGAAGAAGAUCCGGGUUCCAUCCGCUUCAAUAUUCCUUCCUUAAGUGAUGGAGAGAAAGGUGACAAAUAUGGGGACGGAGGGAAGACUAAUACGUACCCUUUUGCCAGUGCCCUAAGUAUGGCUGGUGGUGAUGGAGAAAACAGCUAUGCUUGCAACUCUCUUCUUCAGAGAAAAGUUAUAGAGAAAGCAAGAUCGGUCCGGGUGAAGAGCACCAAAGAGAUGUUAAUCGGAUUAGAUUUUCCGCCGUGCGUCAAAGUGGCCGACUUGGGUUGCUCCUCGGGGCAAAACACGUUCCUGGUUAUGUCCGAAAUUGUAAACACCGUCAAUGCGUUGUGCCAAGAAAGGGGUCGAGACCCACCAGAAGUCGACUGUUGCCUGAACGAUCUCCCCGACAACGAUUUCAACACGACCUUCAAGUUUGCACGUUUCUUCCGCAAAACGGGCUCGUGCUUUGUUUCGGGAGUGCCGGGUUCCUUCUAUUCGAGGCUCUUCCCCAGCAAGAGUCUUCAUUUUGUGCAUUCCUCUUACAGUCUUCAUUGGCUCUCCGAGGUUCCGCGAGGGCUGGAGAGUAAUAAGGGGAGUGUGUUUAUGACAAGUUAUAGCCCUCGGACUGUAUACGAGGCUUACUUAAAUCAGUUCAGGAAAGAUUUCUCCUUGUUUCUAAGGUUACGGUCCGAAGAGAUGGCAUGUGAUGGACGCAUGGUUCUCACGUUAAUCGGAAGAAACGCUCGUGAUCCAUUAUACAGAGACUGCUGCCACUUCUGGACUUUGCUAUCCAAAUCCCUUCUCGAUUUAGUCCACGAGGGAAUUGUGAGAGAGGAAGAGGUGGAUUCAUUCAACAUGCCGUUUUACGAUCCGGACGAAGGAGAAGUAAAGGAGAUCAUCCGUAACGAGGGCUCCUUCGAAAUCGACGAAUUAGAAACGCAUGAAUACAAUUUGGGGGAUAGUCGUGACGAAGGGGAUUAUAUGUUAGGGAGAUAUAAGAGCGGAGAAAGAGAGGCUAACUACAUUAGGGCAGUAAGCGAACCGAUGCUGGUCGCUCACUUUGGACCAGACAUUACAGACACACUGUUCACGAAGUACGCACAUCAUGUCUCUCGGCACUCCGACUGCCUUCACAAAUCGACCGUCAACCUUGUCGUCUCCUUGAUCAAGAAAUAAUUGCCUUCAUCCAUGCAGAUGUUUUCUUCUUCAUGUGGUUGCAAUCGUAGCUUUAAGUUCAUAUACAGUCUCUUUUUUGUUGUUGGUAAUUUCGAGUCUAAGGCUUGGACCUUUGUGUCUCUGUUAGAUGAGAUACAGAUAUAAACACGAUAUAUAUAUCUCGAUGCUCAGAUCAAUAUGAACUUUUAAUACAGACCCAUGAAUGUAAUAAUAAAAGCCCAUAUUGUAUGA